UAUAAGCAUUUUAAUAAUUUAUAAAAUAAAAAUUAUAAUAAAAUAAAAGAAUUGAACAAAAACUAAACUUUUAUUAAAUUAAUAUCAACAUAAUAUGGUUGAAAAAAGACCGGAUAGAAAAAUUAACUCUCCAGAGAAAUGUGCUCAAAGUGAAUCAUCCACAAUGCUAAACGAUCAAACAAUUGAAUUAAAUUUUGUGCGCAACAGAUUGGAAACAUUUCAAGCCACAGUAUUGCGUGACGUUCAGAAACGUAUGUCGGGCAUGAUAGACGAGGUCAUGCAAGAACUUCGACAACAUGAACUGCAAACAAAUGAAUUUCGUAAUUUUGCAACGCCACAAAUGCCACACAACAGCCACAACAAGUCAAGCACCUGGAGUAAUCGCAUCAGAACUGCCACUGAUACUCCAAAGACGGGAAAUAACAGCCGCAAAGAUGUUACAGAUAUGGCAGAUCAAAGUGAUUCAGAUACAAAUAAAAGAUUAACUCAUAAUUUAAAUAGCGAUGUAUCCGAUAGUAGUGCAGAGUCCAAGAGGGCCAAGCUAAAGAAACAUUAUGCACUGCCCGAUAAGGUAUUUGUCAUGCGUGAAUCGUUUUUGACUGCCCUGUUGGAGGUGGAUCAUAUGAAGACAAUUUAUCAUAUAUUUUAUAUAAUAUUUUUGGUCUUUUUACUGAACAAUAUCAGUUAUGAGUAUUUGGUUAAAGGAAGCGUAAGCUUUGGUCUGGGUACCUUCAAAACAGGCUUUGAAAAGAUUGAUCAAGUUGCUGGUAUAUGGAUGCUGCAACAUCUUGUUGUAUUCAGUGUUUACUUUUCCCUCAAAGGCUGGGGCAAUGUCAGAACGAAAUUAGCUAAACACAAAACCCUACAACAUAUAUGGUCCAUUUCUUGCCUCCUCAUCUAUAUCGCCAGCCAAUUAGUAUUUGCCUAUGUGCCCUCUAGAAUAUGUCUUCACUUAAAUCUGCCAUUUGUUACGGCUUCCGUUUUGAUGCUGGAAACUGUAAGAUUAUUAAUGAAAAUGCAUUCCUUCGUUAGAAGCAUAACGCCUCGAGUUCUAAAGGGAAAAUUAAAAGCUGAAGAGCAGUCUGGCUCUGAAAUUAAUUUUCCCUCAUUCAACAAGUAUUUGUAUUAUUUAUUUGCCCCUACUCUAUUGUAUCGAGAUGAGUAUCCACGCACAUCUACGAUAAGAUGGAAAUUUGCUUUAGCCCGUUUCUUAGAAGUGGUAGCGGUGGCCUUCAUGUACAGCUAUAUUCACGAACGUCACAUCUGGCAUCAUUUUGGUAAUUUUGGUGUGGAGCAAUUGAAUGCUGCCUCCAUAACCAUUAAAUUAUUUGGCAUGUUAAUGCCUUGUAUUAUAAUAUUUUUGGCCGGUUUCUAUAUGCUCCUACAUGCUUGGCUUAAUUUCACCGCUGAAGUGUUGCGUUUUGGCGAUCGUAUGUUUUACAAGGAUUGGUGGACAGCCAGCAAUUAUGAGGCCUACUAUCGCAAUUGGAAUGUGGUGGUGCAUGACUGGCUAUAUGAAUAUAUCUACAAGGAUUUCUACAAUUACAUCUUUAAGGGUUCUAAAGGUCUUUCAUCUCUAACGGUCUUCAUAAUAUCCGCCCUCUUCCACGAAUAUGUUUUGGGUUAUGCUUUGCAAGUGGUUUUCCCUGUAAUGUUUGUGUUCUUUGGGGUAAUAGGUGUGGCCAUGAUAUUUUUAACACGUUAUACUCCCAAGAAUUUGGGCAACAUUUUCCUGUGGUUCAGUUUAAUCUAUGGCAAUUGUAUGAUGAUUUCCUUGUAUAGCAUGGAAUAUUAUACGCGAUUUAAUUGCCCGAAGGAGUUUAAUAGUUGGUCUGAUUAUUUAGUGCCCCAUUUAUGGAGCUGUUAUUUUAAGUGAAUAAGAUAAAACGACAUUUAUUUUUUAAAUAUUUUAAGUUGGUUGUGAUAGUUUAUAUUGUUUAAGCAGUAUAAUAAUUACUUAUUAAAUUGUAGUAGUUUUUAAGUUAUACUUUUUUAUAAAAUUUUAUUUAAAUGUGCCAUUAAGUUAAAAUCGAAUAAAGUUUUUUGAUGCUAAA